GUCUUGGCGCUAAGGCCGAUUUGCUACUGCUGCCUGGGGACCUAGAUGUAAACAGAAAAGUGUUGAUGUACAGUUUUUGAAAAAGUUAGGGUGCUGUUCCGUAGAGUUUGUGUGGUGCCAAAAAGUUACCCCUUGGUCCAUAGAAGCAGGCAGCCAAGCGGCGAGGAGCGACAGGGAGGAUCCCAGGCUCUCAGCAGAGCAGAGGAGAUAGGGAAGGAGAAGCAGAGUGCGCGCGCAGGCAAAAAUCUGCAGGACCUGAGACGGAGAAGGGAGACCGAGAAUGCAGGAGCAGGCGGCGAGCUCGCGGCCGUCGAGCAGCGAGAGGUCGUCCAGCUCCGCGCACCACAUGGACAUGGAGGCCAAGGAAGGGAUGGAGAGUGACGAGGAGAUAAGGAGAGUGCCGGAGCUGGGACUGGAGCUCCCCGGCGGCGCUUCCACGUCGGGCAGGGAGGCCGGCCCUGGCGCCGGCGGCCCGGAGCGCGCCCAGUCGUCCACGGCCCAGGCCAGCUCGCGCCGCCGCGUGCGCAGCCCCGCCGACAAGGAGCACAAGCGCCUCAAAAGAUUACUGAGGAACCGAGUGUCAGCCCAACAGGCAAGAGAGAGGAAGAAGGCUUAUCUGACUGACCUAGAGGUGAAGGUAAAAGACCUGGAGAAGAAGAACUCAGAGAUGGAAGAGAAGCUCUCCACCCUCCAGAACGAGAACCAGAUGCUCCGACAGAUACUGAAGAACACCACUGUAAGCAGAAGAGGCCCAGGCAGCACUGCUAGUGGAGAGGGCCAAUAGCACAGAAGAUGAGCACAAAAUAGUGAUGCUUUUAUGCAAAAAAAAUAUACACUUAUGUGGAAUGGAUUUGGUCAGGGCGUUUUCUGGCCAAAGAAGAGAACCCCAAAAAAACUGGGGUGAAGAAAUGGUGCAGACGGUCAUAUAGUGUCUCACUGUAUUAGUAUCCGUACCUGAUGUGCAGACGGCUCAGGAAAAAAAAACCUUGUGGAAUGCUUUAACAUAUAUCGUAUCAUUUUUAGGCAUUUAACAUGGUUUACAUACCCCAUGGUCUGCAAUUAGUUUGUAAAUGAGAUUGUGCAUUGGAGUAA